CGCCAACAAUCAUGCGCGCACGCACUCAUCCCUCGUAAAGGGGCGUGUGGAGCUGGCAGCGACUCAAACAGGGACUCAAACCUCUCUGCGUUCAUCAGAGAGCGGUCGGUCGGUCGGUCGGUGGCGCACGGAGACACGGACGGAACGGAACGGAACGAAACGAAACUUGUAUCAGAUCAACCGGGACUUUUUAUUCUUUCCAUUCCUUUGAUAUUUUUUGGGACUGCUUCUUUUUUUUUCCCCCUCUCACACACACUGGCCGGAUUUCACUCGUGACAGCGCUGAAUGAGAGGAGAGAGAGACCCAGAGAGAGAGAGAGAGAGAGAGAGCAGCGCCGGAGAGGAGGCUUUAUACGCGGAGAACAGAGCGAGUCUCCGGGCAGCGGCUGCGCGUCUUUUCGCGGUGCGGGACCCAAGACCCCGAAGCUGUGGCUCUCCACCCGGCGUACACACUAAAAGGUUGUUUUUUUUUUUGGAGGGGAGGAAAUAAUUUGACUUGCUUUCUCUGGAGAAGUUCUGGUGUCAUUUGAAACCGGAUCGGAGUGAAGCCUAAUCGGAUCGUACACACUGCUCCUCCACGCAUGUUGGAGGUGGAGAGAGGAGGGCUGCUGGAUGCCUGCGGGUCUGCGGGUCCUCAACACGCAGCCAAGGAUUACCUCCCGCCCAGGCAUCACAAUUUGACGGAGUAAAAAAAAAGAACCGGAGUGUUGGCUCAUUUUCUUCUUCUUCAACACAUCUUGGUGUUCUUCUUCUUCUUCUUCUUCUUCUUCUCCUGGUAGAGGAGAUGGCACGGUGUGCGCCGGAGAGGAGAGGAGCGCGGCCGGUACCGGCGACAGGAACCCGGAGCUGAACGACCAGGGACCAGGACCAGGACCAGGACCAGGAGGAUGACCAGGAGACCUGAACCAGCACACUAACAACUGCGUUCAAUAACGGACACCUUCUGCUUUUAUUUCGUCGAGAUAAGAGGAGAGAAGAAGAAGAAUACUUGCCCCCAAAAAGAACGAAUCUUCUGGAGGAGUUUCAUUUCGGAGUUGUUUUUUUUUGUAUGCGUAAUUUUAUUUUUUGGGAGAGAAAACAAGGAUGCAUUGUGGAUUAGUCUUUCUCCUGUUCAUGGGAAUCCUUUUGGUGGUCAAGGCUUUCAAAAACGAACUCUCUCCGCUCCCCUCUGCAGACAAAUGUGGAGGCAACAUCAGAAUCUCAACCGCCAACUACCUCACGUCGCCCGGAUACCCCGUGUCUUAUCUCCCUUCUCAGAGAUGUGUGUGGGUGAUAUCGGCGCCCGGUCCCCACCAGCGGAUCCUCAUCAACUUCAAUCCGCACUUCGAUCUGGAGGACCGGGAGUGCAAGUAUGACUAUGUGGAGGUGCGAGACGGCGUGGACGAGAGCGGUCAGCUGGUGGGGAAAUACUGCGGGAAGAUCGCUCCCUCUCCGGUCGUCUCCUCCGGAAACCAGCUCUUCAUCAAGUUCGUGUCGGACUACGAGACGCACGGGGCGGGUUUCUCCAUCCGAUAUGAGAUCUUCAAGACAGGUCCCGAAUGCUCCAGGAACUUCACCUCCAACAGCGGCGUCAUCAAGUCGCCCGGGUUCCCGGAGAAAUACCCCAACAACCUGGACUGCACGUUCAUGAUCUUCGCCCCCAAGAUGUCCGAGAUCAUCCUGGAGUUCGAGAGCUUCGAGCUGGAACCCGACCCGACACCCCCUACUGGCGUUUUCUGCCGCUACGACAGGCUGGAGAUCUGGGAUGGCUUCCCCGGAGUCGGUCCGUACAUCGGGAGGUACUGUGGGCAGAACACCCCGGGCAGGAUCAUCUCCUACACGGGCAUCCUGGCACUGACAAUCAACACCGAUAGCGCCAUCGCCAAGGAGGGCUUCUCGGCCAACUUCACCGUCAUCGAAAGGACCGUUCCAGAGGACUUUGACUGUAGCGACCCGUUGGGAAUGGAAUCGGGAGAGGUAACAUCGGACCAAAUCAUGGCCUCAUCCCAGUACAACCCCAGCUGGUCCCCGGAGCGCUCCAGACUCAACUACUAUGAGAAUGCGUGGACGCCGGCAGAAGACUCAAACAAAGAGUGGAUACAGGUGGACCUCGGGUUCUUGCGGUUCGUCUCGGCCAUCGGCACCCAGGGCGCCGUUUCCCAGGAGACCCGCAAGAUUUACUACGUCAAGUCCUACAAAGUGGACGUCAGCUCCAACGGAGAGGACUGGAUCACUUUGAAGGAAGGCUCCAAACAAAAGGUUUUCCAAGGCAACACCAACCCGACAGACGUUGCCAAGACAAUGCUGCCCAAACCCACGCUGACGCGCUUCGUCCGAAUCCGUCCCGUUACCUGGGAAACAGGCAUCGCGCUGCGCUUCGAGGUGUAUGGAUGCAAGAUAUCAGAGUACCCGUGCUCGGGCAUGCUGGGCAUGGUGUCGGGUUUGAUCACCGACAACCAGAUCACGGCGUCCUCCCACACGGACCGGAGCUGGGUGCCGGAGAACGCCCGCCUGCUGACCAGCAGGACGGGCUGGACCCUGCUGCCCCAGCCGCAGCCCUUCACCAGCGAGUGGCUGCAGGUGGAUCUCGGUGAGGACAAGCUGGUGAAGGGGCUGAUCAUCCAGGGAGGGAAGCACCGCGAGAACAAGGUGUUCAUGAAGAAGUUCCGCCUCGGCUACAGCAACAACGGCUCCGACUUUAGGAUGGUGUCAGACGCCAGCGGGAACAAGCCAAAGAUAUUUGAAGGGAACAGCAACUAUGACAGUCCCGAGCUGAGGACGGUGGAGCCCCUGCUGACCCGUUUCAUCAGGAUUUACCCAGAGAGGGCCACUCCUGCUGGGAUGGGCCUACGACUUGAGCUCCUGGGCUGCGAGAUCGAAGCUCCUACACUCCCGCCCACCACGCUAGCCCCGAGCACUACCCCGUCUGACGAGUGUGACGACGACCAGGCGAGCUGCCACAGCGGCACAGGUGAUGACUACGACGUGACAGGGGGUACCACGAUGCCUGAGACCACUACUGCUGAAGUGGAUACCAUCCCAGCUUUCCCGGGGUUCGCCUGCGACUUCGGCUGGGCCAACGACCCGUCCUUCUGCAGCUGGACGUCAGAGGACACCGGUUCGAGGUGGCAGAUCCAGUCCAGCGGCACCCCGACCCUCAACACCGGGCCUAACAUGGACCACACCGGUGGAUCAGGGAACUUCAUCUACACCUUAGCGACAAGCCCCCAAGAGACCGAGGUGGCCCGACUGGUCAGCCCUUCGGUCACCUCCCCGGACUCGGACUUGUGCGUGUCCUUUUGGUACCACAUGUUCGGGCCUCACAUCGGCACGCUGCACAUCAAACAGCGCAAACAGACGGUCGAGGGUCCGGCCGACAUCCUGCUGUGGACGGUCAGCGGUCACCAGGGCAACCGCUGGAGGGAGGGUCGUGUCCCUGUGCCCCGCACUAACCAUCCUUAUAAGGUGGUGAUAGAAAGUCUGGUGGAGAGAAAGAGCUGGGGAGACAUCGCUGUGGAUGACAUUAAGGUUCUCAAUGGACUCAGCAUGGCAGACUGUAAAGAUCCCGACGUCCCGACUGAAGCGAUGCUACCAGAGGAUCGCGUCAAUGAAAUCCUUGAAGAGAUCACUGAAUACCCAGACUUCGUGGAGACCAACCAGAUCAGCGGAGCGGGGAACAUGCUGAAGACGCUCGACCCCAUCCUCAUCACCAUCAUCGCCAUGUCCGCCCUGGGCGUCUUCCUGGGCGCCAUCUGCGGCGUGGUCUUGUACUGCGCAUGUUCGCACGGAGGCAUGUCGGACAGGAACUUAUCGGCCCUGGAGAACUAUAACUUUGAACUAGUGGAUGGCGUCAAGCUAAAGAAGGACAAACUCAAUGUACAGAGCUCAUACUCAGAGGCGUGAGAUGGGACUGAGUGCAUUCACGUGACUAUAUAUGAUGUGCAGAGCUCGCACAAGACUGGCUGUAGGCAUAUCCCCUCGUAUAUCCGCGAGUAUGGCGGGCUCAAAAGGACUGCCAACACCCUCCACUCGCUGGAUGAGGGACAGGUUCAGGAACCAAUGGGAGGUUUGGACUGAUCCACGCUUUUCUCAGGAGCUGCAGUAAAAAGAACCUACCAGUAGGGGACACUGUGUACAAAUAAAAUACAGAAAAAAAUAUGUACAGAUGAUUUAGAUGAUAUUUUAAUUUUCUAUUUUGAUUUUCAUUCAUUUUUACAAUCGGAUGCUGGUGUUGAGACCAAUUUAUUAAUAAUGUUUAAAGUAUUUAUCGUUUUCUGGGAAAGAUGUUUUUGUUUUUUUUAAUAAUCAGUUCAUGAAGGCUGUUGUUUGUUUUCAAGUUUUGAAAAAAGACGUAUCAGACUCCUAAAUGAACCAUAUCCGGCAAAACUGUAGAUUUGCUCUGGCAUACAGGGUGUGCCCGUAACCUUUGACCCUGAAACAUGUACCCUUUCCCCCUUUGACCGCUAUCUCUCUAAAGCGAGGGUCCCACUCAUGGCAAUGUAUGGUUCGGACAGUGCCUUUAGUACAUUUCGGUUGGCCUCCUCUGUUGAUCUGGGUGUUUUUUACUGUACUCGGCUUAAUUUAUGAUGACAAGAAACAGGGGUACAUUCUCUUAUAAAUACCUGCAGAACAAAACAGUCUAUCACAGCGCUUUGUUUUUUUGUUGUUUUCUGUCCAAAAACCACACACUGUAAAUAAGUUUUAAUAUAUUUUAUUGCCCUUUUUAAAGAAAGUAAAAAAGGAAAAAAAAAGUAUCCCUUUUUUCAUGGGUUUGUGUGUAAAUACAAUCUUUGGACUGUUUUGUGGAAGGUGCUGUGUUUUUGAUUUUAGGUCACUUUUGCUCAGAAGAUGUGUGUGAUAUUUCAAUGUGCAUUCAAGUUCAUCGAAAAAAAACACCCACUUCACGAAAACCACCGAAAGACGAAUGAAUCAAGAGGUAACAAAAAAAAAAAAAAGCUGCCAUGAUGAACGUUCUUAAAAUUAUCUCACAUAUCUUCAUCAUACAUUUUCACACCAAACACGCUCAUAUCGUAUCAUAUACUGUAUGGCAGAGGAGGUGGUAAAAUAUAUCAAAUGUCUGCCAGCAUACCAAAAACAACAAUCAUCAUUGCUUACCUAGCUUAGCUUGUCACCUCCAAAUGUCACUGUGGAUUGUUCACUGAAGAAGUGCUAUCUGGACAAUGCAGCUUGAAUGCACUUUGUUACUGAUUCCCUCCUAUUAAUAGGGGGUGAACACACUAACUGAAGAAUGGUGCUAUCAUUACUUUAGCCGGACACAUUUUGUCUCAUGAUAAAUAAAACCCAGUUUGUACUGUU